CUAUGAGGAGGCAGCAGGAGACGCAGAGAUACACACACACACACCAGGUCCAGAGAGCUCCAUCGCCCCCCAUCCCAACACUGCAGAGAACUCACACACAUCACUACAGCCCCAGACCACCGACCCAGGAGUGUUCUAUUCCUGGACUGCAGUCUCCUCUGGUACCAGAACGCAGAGAUCACAUGAGAACUGCAGUCCUGUCUGAGUUGUGUGUGUUGCGGACGAGACUCUGGUCUGAGCAGCAGAAGCUGGAGGGACAAUUGCUACAGGAACCCGAAUCCCCACCACAUGACAGGCAUAAGGCAGACGUGUUUGACUUGGCCAGACAGCGCGUGCAGGCGUCCGUCAGAAGACCUCUCCCCAAAAGCUGUGAGCUCCCGCCAUACAAAGACAGAGAUACUGCUACUGCUGGAGAUCUAGAGUACCAGGCAGCCCACAGACAGCAGCUACGAUCAAGCAGCCCAAGAGCCACUGACGAUUUCCUUGGCUUAUCUCCACCUCUGCCCCCGACAUCACAGCAGCCAGUGAGUAAUCUCUCAUCUAACCUCUCAUCCCUAAACUCACUCCGUAAUCUAUAA